GGGGCCUCCGUAGGUCAAAGUAGCAGUUGAGGCUAUGUUAAUACAGGGGCUGUCAUAGAUAAAUGUCGCACCUUUGUCGAAGGCAGUUGACACAUGGAAUAUCGAGAGGACGUGGAAAUGUGACUGCAUGUAGGAAAGCCUGAAGAUGGACAAGGAAAGCUAACUGUCAUCUGGUGUCCAGUCUUUUAACCCUAAACACCAGAGGAGGCAGAGAAUGGAGCCUAGAGAGCCCCAUUCGUCUUCACCGCCUCCUCUGGUGUUACCACAUCCAUAUGUGUCCGAGCACAUUUCAAGAGGGGACCGGUCAGGUCUGAGCCCAAAGCCACCAGGAAAAGCAGAUAUGUCAAGAAGUCAUGGCUACAGCAGCAGCCGUCCUGUCAGACAGACCACUGAUGAUUUCCCACAGAGAGACAGGUCCAUAAGGGGUCCACAAGCAAAAACAUCCAGGACAAAUAAUGGCUCUUCUACUCAAGGCAAAAUCAUGGGCAAGAACUCACUGGAUGCACAGAAAAGAGGUUUUAGAGGUCUCAGGUCUGCCUCAAACUCUGCGGGGAAGUCAAAACCAACACAGAAUGACUUGGUGCCUUUUGAGGUGAAGAUGUCUGAUUUUCCGGAGUUAGGUGGUGUUUUGCCAGGCAAAGCAGGUUCUCCUCAUGUUCAGAAAGAGGGCUGGGCUCCAUCUCAGACAUCCACAACCCCUCAAAUGCAGACACUGGCAUCUGCCUGGAAGUCUGGCAUGAGCAAACCCCCAGCGCAUGCUGAACCCCAACAACCUGCCACUCAUGCUAAGCCAGAUUCCUCUGCUUCUUCACCAGGUCAGACAGUGGCGACUUCCUGGGCCAGUGUUGCCUCUCAGCCACCAAAGCAGCCUGUCCCUAAGGAGAAGACAAUCAGCAGCAACCAGAUGCAGACAGAGGAUACUACUGCACAGCAUGAAGUGGGAGCUCCAGGAAAGAAGAAACAGAAGAAAAAGAAGAAGAAAGCUGAAUAUGCAGAAGCUGAGGCAGAAGAUGCUGUAAUUUAUCGGGAGCCUCCAAAAUUUGAGGAUGAAAAGGAGUUUCCAGGUUUGACCCUUGCUUCGACUAGGACCAGCAGAAAUGCAGCAACGCUUUACAGCGAGGAAAACCAAAGAAAAACUGCUCAACAAACAGAUGCUGACCAGAUUCUCAACAAAGAAAAGCCAUCUGCAGCAGAAACAGUUAAAAAAGGACAGAAAGCUGAAAAGGUCUCGGGGAAGAAGAGCAAAGCUCCUGUUCAGCUGGAUAUAGGAAAUAUAUUGGCUGCCCUGGAAAAGAAGCAACACCCGCAAAAACCCAAGCAGGAUGCCAAGCCAGUCAUUCUCUCAGUUGGUGGAGGACUACCUAUUGUCCAGAAGCAAGUGUUCAUCCAAAAGAAGCCACCUUGGCAGAAGGAUAAAAUUGCACACAAUCCCCUGGACUCCACCAGCCCUUUGGUGAAGAAAGGAAAACAAAGAGAGGUACCCAAAGCCAAGAAACCCACUCCUCUCAAGAAGGUCAUUUUGAAAGAAAGGGAGGAGAGAAAACAGAGACGUUUGCUGGAGGAGAGAGGUCUGCUGCCAGAAGAUGAGUUCAAACCUGUUAAUGAAGCUGCAGAAGAAGAACAGUGUGACACAAAUCCCACAGAUGACAUUGAAAGUCCUACUGAAGAACUCGAUGAUCAGUCUGAGUUUAAUGGCACAAAUCAGAUGGUGAAACAAGAGGAGGAGACUGACACAGACGAGAUUGUAACACAGCAAACCACUUCACCUGUGUCCUGUGCCGUCAGUCAUCCCAAAAUCCACAGCAGAAAAUUCAGAGACUAUUGUAGCCAGAUGCUGAGCAGAGAUGUGGACCAGUGUGUGACGGCUCUGCUAAAGGAGCUGGUUCGUUUCCAGGACCGCCUGUACCAGAAGGACCCAAUGAAGGCCCGCAUGAAGAGACGGCUGGUAAUGGGGCUGAGAGAGGUCCUGAAGCACCUAAAACUCAGGAAGGUCAAGUGUGUCAUCAUCUCACCCAACUGUGAACGAAUCCAAUCCAAAGGUGGCCUGGAUGAGGCUCUCCACACCAUCAUUGACACGUGUCGGGAACAGGGGGUGCCUUUCGUGUUUGCCCUCUCCAGGAAAGCUUUGGGCCGCUGCGUCAACAAGGCAGUGCCUGUCAGUCUGGUGGGCAUCUUCAACUAUGAUGGUGCACAGGACUACUAUCAUAAGAUGAUUGAGUUGUCGUCUGAGGCCAGGACAGCCUAUGAGGUCAUGGUGACGAGCUUGGAGCAGCCGGACCAGGACCAGGCGGAGGCAGAGCUGGAGAUGAACAGGGAGAAAGAGCUGCAGAUAAACAGCCUGGGUGAGCAGGCUGAGCCCUGUCCAGAUUCCACACAGUCAGAGGAACCAGAAUACAUAAAAAUUUGGAAGAAAAUUUUGGAGAAGAACUACAACCAGAAAUGUUUGAACUUUGAGGAGCAGCUGGGCUCCAUGCACUUGGACAGUGAAUGUACAGAAAACACUGACGAUGAGAAGAGUUGACAGAGGCGACGCCUUCUGUGUGUCAAAAAAAAAAAAAAAAAACUUGCUCGUGCUGCUCAGACGAGCACUAGGAUGGACUUGAAUCCCACAUGGCGGAAAAGACAUGAUGGUCUGGGGAUUUUUGUCAGGCAAUUAAUCAUGUUGCUAAUACUUACAGUGAAUUAUGAACUCCUUUAUGUUCUUUUGUUUGAGUUCAAGAUAACUGGGCAAAGCUGUGACAUUUAAAAGUGUGUGUGUGUGUGUGUGUGGGGGGGGGGGUUAUACUGGGACCAAUCUGGUCACUUAGCGAUCUAACAAUAUGAACUUUCAACCAUGCUGUUUAUGAACACACCUAGAGGAUGUGUAAGGCUCGGUGUAUUAACUGUGUGUAGAAUUAUCAGCCACUUAUUCGGGACUAAAUCUGUGAUAAUGUGACACUGAACAUUGCACAGACUUUAGCUCAAGAGCCACUGUGUUGUUACUGUUAUUUAGUUGAAUAUUUUUAAACUAAAGUGUUUAAAGGAUUAUUUUCAGGUAUUUUAUUAUUUUUAUUUGAAAGAAACAGAGAAAUAAUAGGAAAGAUGGUGAGAUUGGAGAGGUGACAUGCAACAAGGGUCUUCAGUCAGACUCAGUUCAGCAUCUUAUAUGGGCUGAAUACAACUUCGUACCUGUGAAAUGAAAGGUUGUGUAUCACCCCUUGUAAAACUGUGGAAUCAAACAUGAGAAAUUCAAAAUUUGUGAAUGUGGAAAAUAAAUUGUAGGAACUUGGUGCUGCUUUUUGGUUGUCAAAGCAAGGCCCAAAUUAAUUCUUUAAGCUCUUACAUAUGCACUAAUUCCAUGCAUUUUAUAUACAGUACAUUAUAGAAUACAUUGUUUUUGCUGUUAGUAUACAAGAAAACAUACGUAUUCAUUAUGUACUAACAAGAAAUUGUACAAUAUGAUUACUAAAAUACAUCAGUAGAGUAAAACAACAAGGAUUUUUAGUUUUCCUAGGGACUGUCUGAGUAUACUGUGUCACCUUUCCCAUAUGAAUGCACAAUAUAUGCAAAACCUUUCUAUAAUUUGUGUGUAGUAUGGAUUUGGCACGCAGCUUGUACUCUUGUUUAUCUUCAAUGUUGCACUCAGUGUGGUAACUUUUAAGCACAGUUUCAGAUAUUUUUUUUUUCUACAGCCACAAAUUGCUUCUACACAUUCUGAGUGUUGUCCACAAGUUUACAAAGGGUCACAAGCUCAAAAUCUCCCCACAGUUUCAAAGCCUAAGCCAUCACGAUGCCCCUUGGUUCAGUUUAGAAGUAAAAAUGAAGCUGUGCUCUUUAUGUGCAUAAGACAUGAAAUUACUUUUUACAUAACAGCUCAGAACAGUAUAGCUUUUGUCCUUGGUUGUGCUACAAAGUUGAGCUUGUAUUUUUGAUUUGUGCUUGACAGCGUAAGAGUUGCAUGCUGAAUUAGGUGUAAAUGGUAGUGUUUGAUUUAAGUGGGAAAUAAUGGCAAACUAAUAAGAAAUAUUACCUGUUGUUAAUUAAAAAGAUGUUCUGUUUUCCCACCUAGUGAGGAAAAGAAAGCUAUAAAAUAGCAUUGAGAUAUUAAUCUAAAGUGCUAGGUGACCAUCGUAUGCUCAAAGCGCCAUUAAAGGACAAUUAUUUGAAGCAGGCAACUUCAGUUUACAGUUAAUUCAGAUUUCAAAGGACUGAGACAAAGAUUAUAGGGAGAGAAGAUGAUUAUGAUUUAUAAAGAGUUGUCAUUCUAAUUUUGAAGGAGAAAUGACUAAUAUAAACAUUUAAGUUGUGGAAAGGUGGUAUAAAUGUCUGAUGAAAAAAGGAUUUUAGUGAGUCCCUUUGCUAAUUGGUUGGGACUGGAUUAAUGUAAGUCAGGCCUGAUGAAGUGUUGCCGAAUUAAAUCUCGGUACAAUUCUACAAGGAGGAAGAGGAGGGUAGUCAGCGUGUUAAUGUUACAGUAAUAGGCCAUUUUCAUGUCAGAGGUUUUGACAUGUCACAAAAGGAAAAACAGGUGUGACCAAUAGUUUCGGGAUUUGGAUAUGCCACAUGCGGCAGAGUCAUUAAUUAGUGACAGCUGUGCUUUUCUUGCUAUCACAAGCCAAAGUGUUUGCUUUAGGAUAAGUUUUAUGUAAUCUUGUGUUGGAAUAAAAUUAAAAAAAAACUUGA